CUAGACAUGACACUCUGACAGAGCCAGCACGGUGCCGUGCCCGUCAACGCUCGCACAGAACGGAAGCAAAAAAGAACAAAAGGAGGAAGCAGCCGGCAAACAAACAGACAGUCAAGCAAACAAACACUUGCGGAAACGAGCAAAACAAAUGGAAGACGGUGCGGAUGCGCACAACGUAAAGCAUGGCCAGGACAGCGCGUCUGGCCAUAAACGUACCAAAUCCGGGGGCAUUCUGAGCGGGUUUCUGAGGUCAUCUUCGUCGUCGUCGUCAAAGGGUCUUACAGGAUCGUCGCCCUCAGUGCCGAAGGGCAGCGAGGGGACACAUGGGCACGACGACCAAGGCGCCGUAAAGGGGUCAUCCAUGGCAAAGGCACUGCGCCAGACCCAGGGCGGCCGCCAGAGAAAGGGCUCGCUGCGAAAGGCGGCCAUGGCCCGGAUGCGCGAGCGAAGCAGCUCCCUGCGCAAAGCUGCCAAACCCUCCAUUAUCACCAGUUUCGACAAGCCGCCGCUCAACUCGUCGCCCGCCGACACCACCGCUUGGGUGCCCGCCAUCCAACUACCCUCUUCCCCGACCGAACCCACGUGUGCGUCACGUGACGUUCCAGAGCCUCCUCCCUCUCCGCCAUUACUCGCAUCGCCAAUCUCGCCCAUGGCGAGCCCUGCGGCGCCCUACGCCUCGACCACCGACGACGACGACGUCAUGUCCUUUUACCGUCCUCUGGCCGCGAGUAGCGACUACUCCUCCUUUGCAGUGCCGAGCCAAGGCCCUGUCGCCUCUCUUGCACACCGUCGCUCGACUCGCAGCAACCGGCGCACGUCGAUUACUGCGCUCGUGACACCUGCCGAGAUUGACUCGGACGACGAAUGGGAUUACAGUGAGACCGAAUGGUGGGGCUGGGUCGUGCUGAUAGCGACGUGGAUAGUCUUUGUUGUAGGAAUGGGCUCCUGCCUCGGCGUCUGGAGCUGGGCGUGGGACGUGGGCGAGACACCGUAUGCACCACCCGAUCUGGAAGACGACGCAACCCUGCCCAUUACUGGCUACUAUCCCGCUUUGAUUGUGUGUACGGCUGUUACCAGCUGGGUGUGGGUCGUCGUCGCCUGGGUGGGCAUGAAGUAUUUCCGCCACGCCAAAGUCGGCGUAGACGGUUAGCCAGCCAAGCAGGGCGCGCAAACAACAAUUUCUAUCAUCUAAACAUUGCAUGAACGCAACCAGGCCGCUGGGAUUGACCAUCUCCAUUAUAGGCUUUUCGCUUAACCGUUCUGCUGCAUGCCUAAAUAUGUUCUUGGGGCUGAAACACUAACCUAUACCACGGCUAUUAAGCCACACCUCACACACAUGCGUUACCUGGGCCUGUCCUUGGCUUGCUACACACCGACAAGGCCAACAGAGUUUGUUUUGU